GAAACUACACUUCCCAUAAUCCUUUGUUCCAGGGUUGGGCUCCUCUGGGCUCCGGAAUCGCCGGCGGCCGGGCCUGCGGGACCCACUGAGGACAUGGCUCUCUUGGCUGGAUCCCUGUUGGGCCCCACGCGUAGGUCGGCAGCGUUGCUGGGUGGCAGGUGGCUCCAGCCCCGGGCCUGGCUGGGGUUCCCGGACGCCUGGGGCCUCCCCACCCCGCAGCAGGCCCGGGGCAAGACUCGCGGAAACGAGUAUCAGCCGAGCAACAUCAAACGGAAGAACAAGCACGGCUGGGUCCGGCGCCUGAGCACGCCGGCCGGCGUCCAGGUCAUCCUUCGCCGAAUGCUCAAGGGCCGCAAGUCGCUGAGCCAUUGAGGAUCGCCAUGCUGUCGGCGGGGCCCCUAUAGAAGCAUCGGCCUCACCUCGCGACCUUGCCUGGCGCUGUUUUUGCAGGCAGCUGGGGAGCAGGAACGCCUCGGACCUGAGUACUCUCCGUAUUGUGGGGUUGAAGGCUGGAUGGGAGCUUGCCAAGUCCCUUUUUACGCUUUUUAAUUAGGAAGCAUUUCGAACCUGCGCAACAGACCGAAGAACAGUACAACGAACCUCCUUGUACCCAGUACACAGCCCUGACUACCGACCACCUACAACCCGUCCCUGCCCCAUCCUUGGUUCUUUUGAAGCUGAUCUCAGGCAUUGGAUUAUUUCUUCUAUAACUAUUUCUUGUAUCUCGGAGAGAAUGUAUCUCUCCAAGAUGAGAGCUCAUUAAAACAUAAUUACAAAGCGUAUCACAUCCAAAGGAAUUAUCAAUAAUUUUGAAGUAUUGUUAAACGUGUAAUAAAUGUUCAAAGUUCCAGUUGC